CCUCUCUUUCCGUUCUUUAUAAGAGGCUCAUCGCUUUGCCAAACUCCCUCUCUCUCUCUCUGGUCUCAGAGAGGCUCUCUCCUCGUUAUCAUGAAAUCUGAACAAGAAAAAGCCGCCUAAAAAAGUUCAAAGAGAAAGGAAAAGGAGUCUGUAAAACCAAAAACCAUGUCUCAGGCCGUAUUUCAAACCGCACAAAUUAUGCCUCUCGGUUAUCAGAUUCCCAACAAAACCUUCUCACCAUCGACAUCUUCUUAUCCUCACCCUUCUCUCUUUGUUCCUCGCCGAAUCCAAUCUCCCUCUAUCUCUGUCGGAAAGCCCCGGAAGCUUGUUUUGGAUAUCAAAGCCUCGUCUUCGUUGGUUGACUCCGACCCAAUUGCACAUCUUGAGCGCUGCUUCAGUGUCUCGCCUGAUUCCGGUGUGGGUUCGGCUUCUUCGUCGUCUUCUCGUAUGACCGCUCCUGUUAUGAAAGGUCAGUAUGGUGCUUUCGGAGCUGUGACGCUUGAGAAGUCGAAGCUCGAUAUGUCCUCGAAGCAAACCAAGUCCAGUCCUGAGACUGCAAUUGGGGGAGGGGGUGGGGACAUUGGAAAGAAAAUUAAUCAUGGUGGUGGCGAUGGAGGUGACGACGGUGGUGAUGAUGAUGACUAUCUUGGUGACUUUGAUGAUGGAGAUGAAGGAGAUGAAGGUGGAUUGUUUAGGAUGCGGCUUGUUUUUGAAGAGCUUUUUGAUCGAAAAUUUGUAGAUGCAGUCUUGCGUGAGUGGCAUAAAACAAUGAUGGAUUUGCCUGCUGGGCUCCGUCAAGCUUAUGAAAUGGGCUUGGUGAGCUCUGCUCAAAUGAUGAGAUUCCUCACAGUCACUGCAAGGCCAACCACUGCGAGGUUUAUUUCUCGAGUUCUUCCAGAAGGGGUUUCUAGGGCAUUCAUUGGGAGGAUGAUUGCAGAUCCAGCUUUUUUGUAUAAGCUUCUUUUAGAGCAGUCUACUACAAUUGGUUGUUCUGUUUGGUGGGAGUUGAAGAAUCGAAAAGAAAGGAUAAAGCAGGAAUGGGAUCUGGCACUUCUUAAUGUGCUUACAGUAUCAGCAUGCAAUGCUAUUGUUGUUUGGUCACUUGCUCCUUGCCGUUCGUAUGGGAAUACUUUCCGGUUUGACUUGCAAAAUACACUACAGAAGCUUCCAAACAAUAUUUUUGAGAAGAGCUAUCCCCUUAGAGAAUUUGACUUGCAAAAAAGAAUUCAUUCUUUCUUCUACAAGGCUGCAGAAUUGUGUAUGGUUGGUUUAACUGCUGGAGCAGCCCAAGGUGCUUUGUCAAAACUUUCUGCCAGCAAGAAGGAGGAAAGGUUAUCUGUGACAAUUCCAACUGUAAGUACCAAUGCUCUUGGAUAUGGGGCUUUCUUGGGACUUUAUGCAAACUUGCGUUAUCAGUUGUUAUGUGGAAUUGACAGAGCAUUGUUCAACUAUUUUGACGUUAUUGGAGUGGCAGUCUUCUUUAGCACAGCAUUGAGGCUUCUGAAUGUUCAAGUUGGAGAGACAUCUAGACUGGCUUGGCUUGGAAUAGAGGCAGAUCCACUGGUUCAAUCGGAUAACCUGUUGAAGGCAUACAACAGGCCAUCUGAGGCUGUUGCCAAGACUUCAUCAAACUGGUUCAUUUCAAAGAAUGCUGUUGUUUCUGGGCUAGGGCUUCUUGGCAUAAGGCAGGGGAACAGUGACCCUGCAGCUGAACGGGAGGCUGCUCCUCCGGCCAAAGCACGAAGGAAGAGAGUUGUCAGAAAAAAGAUGAGUACGAAUUCGGCAUAGAAAGUAAUCGUCUUCUCAGUAUCACGGACCAAUUUUGUAGCCCAAUUAAAAUCCAGUGAACAGAAAUUGCUGCAAACCAUGGAAGUAAAAGCAACAGAGCAGUCAUGUAGAUGGUGAUUUUUUUUGCUGCCGUUGCAGAAGCUAUUUGAAUGGCGCAUAUUUGAUAACUGUGAGAGGCCCAUAGGGAGAGAUUUAUUGAACACGUUUUCAUGUUUUCAGGUUAAUCAUUAGUCUAAUGAAAAUUAUAGUUUUCUAAGUUCAAAAUAUUCAUUUAGAAAUCUGUAAUAGAUUAGAAGUUUGUGCUUCAAUGGGGACAUAAUUUCUUAUUGGCACAUGACUCCCGAACCCAAUGUUUACUUUACAUCAUGGUGAACUUAAUUCGGACGCAGUGUUCCUUUCUGAAUCCAUCUGCCCAAUUUGAGGCAUAUAUUGAAUAAACUGCAGUAGUCCCUUUCACCUUUAGCCCUAAA